GCAAGGGAGUAGCCCAGAAGGCGGAAUUAGUUAUCUCCGGUGAGCGGAGUUGAGUUGAGUGGAGUGAGAGCUGGUGGUGGAAGGGGAACAAAAAGCGGUAAUAAUGACUUCAACUAAUAUGUUUCAGGGUUUGGAUACCGGCUCGAAAUCCAGUUCCAGGGUCCUGAGGCCGCCAGGAGGGGGCUCCAGUAACUUGUUUGGGGGUGGGGAGGAGACCACUAGUCCCAACAGACAGCACAAGAUGGCCUCCAGUAUAUUCGCAGCCCCGGAGGCACCCCAGAGCCACCCGAAAAAGACCAACCCAUCAGGCGGCAAAGACAGCGAGAUAUUCGGAGGGGCACAGCCGAGCCAGCCCCUGCAGCACCCCCAACCUCUCGGAUCAAAGACCAGCAACAUCUUUGGAGAUUCAGUGAGCAGCUCCAUCGCACCCAUCCAUCCCAACAAGCCAAAGGAUACCAACAUCUUUGCGGGAAAGUCAACCGAGGAGAAAGGAGUGGAGUGUGUGGUGCAGAGGAGCGAGCAGAAGACGCAGGAGCCAGCCCCUCAGCCUAGUGUAGAUGAGCACGAGCCCAGACUGGGCCCUCGACCCCGGGCUCACAACAAGGUCAUCCAGCCUCCUGGGGGCAAGUCCAGUGUUGUCUUCUACUAACAAGAACCAGCCGCUGCUUUUGCACUCUCUCUCUCUCUCUGUUUCUGUAUCCCUCUCUUAACGACGCUGUCUUCUUAUAAACGAGAACCAGCCACUGCCUUGCACUCUCUCUAUGUGUUUCUGUAUCCCUCUCUUAACAGUGUUGUCUUCUACAAACAAGAACUAGCCACUGCCUUUGCACUCUUUCUGUGUUUCUGUAUCCCUCUCUUAACAGCGUUGUCUUCUUAUUAACGAGAACCAGCCACUGCCUUUGCACUCUCUCUCUGUGUUUCUGUAUCACUCUCUCUUAACAGUGUUGUCUUCUACUAAUAAGAACCAGCCACUGCCUUUGCACUCUUUCUGUGUUUCUGUAUCCCUUUCUCUUAACAGUGUUGUCUUCUACUAAUAAGAACCAGCCACUGCCUUUGCACUCUCUCUGUGUUUCUGUAUCCCUCUUAACAGUGUUGUCUUCUUAUAAACGAGAACCAGCCACUGCCUUUGCGCUCUCCUCUUUAGCUCUGUGUGAACUAAUAAAUGUACUGUAAAAGGUAGGUUUGUGAAGCAGUUGGUCUCUGCCUACCUGCGUGUGACCCCGGGAGGGUGGAGGCAGAUUCCUCAGGUCAUGUUCUAUAAUGAAAGGGCCUGCUGUAGCCCUGCUGGAACAGAGGCUACAUCGCCAUCCCUGUCUCCUUCAUCUCCCCCUGCGCUGAACAAUCCAGUCUGACUAAUCUCAUCCUUCUUUAUAGUCUGUUCAGGGAUUGCAGUCUCAAGCCCAAAGCAAAGACUUUAUUCCUAGGUUUUUUGUUUUUUGUUUACCAUUGCUGGUUAGAGGCAGAGUGUGGUAUUAGAAAUGAAAAGCUGCAAACACAUUAAACCUGUAGGACAAUGAGUACAUUAUUUGUUAUUUAAAAAAUCAAAUGAAACUAUUCUUUGUGGUAGGGUAGUUCCCUAGUUAUGUAGGGGGUUUAUUUGUGCAAUAGCAGUUCCUGUUCUCUGUCUAUCAAAGUGCCAGCCUUUGUGUGCCUUUUUAUAACAUACAAAUGUGCCUGGUUGGCACCGAGCAUAUAAGAAGAAUCUGUUUAUGUGUGCUGUAUAUCUCAAUAAACUUCUGUAUUUUCAUAAACUUUAA